AUGUCGGCCUCAGCAGUUCUUUCAAGAGCUUCAUCUCGCGGAGUGGCUUCGUGCCUGAGGAGCAGUGGUAUUAAGAGUGCUGGCUUCUUGAGAGUUAGGAAUCAACCUCAAUGCCUUUCUGCGCUCUCCCGAUACUAUGCCUCAAAAUCAUACCCCCCUCACACCGUCGUCACCAUGCCAGCGCUCUCCCCUACGAUGACCGCAGGUAACAUUGGGACAUGGCAGAAGAACCCCGGUGACACUAUCAGCCCUGGAGAUGUUUUGGUUGAGAUCGAGACGGACAAGGCUCAGAUGGACUUUGAGUUCCAGGAGGAUGGUGUCCUGGCCAAGAUCCUGAGGGAUAGCGGAUCGAAGGAUGUCGCUGUCGGAAACCCAAUUGCCAUUCUUGUAGAGGAGGGUGAAGACAUCGGUGCCUUCGCCGACUUCACUGUCGAGAGCGCUGGCGGCGAUGUGAAAUCUGAGGAGCCAACCUCCAGCGGUGGCAAGCUUGAGACUGUUCUUGACCGCGAAGGGCGUAUUGCGAUCUCGCCUGUCGCCAAGAAGCUUGCUCUUGAGAAGGGCAUUGCUUUGAAGGACAUCAAGGGAACUGGUGAGGGUGGACGCAUCACCAAGGCCGAUGUUGAGAAAGCCAAGCCCAGCAAUGUUUCCGCAGCCCCCAGCGGAGCCAGCAGCACCGAUGUUCCGUUGACUUCUAUGCGUAAGACCAUUGCUAGCCGCCUUACCCAGUCUAAGAACACCAACCCCCACUACUACGUUUCCAGCACCCUCUCUGUCGGAAAGCUUCUCAAGCUUCGCCAGGCCCUUAACGCCACGGCCAAUGGCGAGUACAAGCUUUCGGUCAAUGACUUCAUGAUCAAGGCUGUUGCUGCGGCGCUUAUCAAGGUCCCUACCGUCAACUCCUCCUACCGUGAGGAUGAAGGCGUGAUCCGCACCUUCAACACCGCCGACAUCUCUGUUGCCGUUGCCACACCAGUCGGACUUAUGACCCCCAUUGUCAAGGGCGCCGAUUCAAGGGGAUUGGCUUCUAUCUCUCAGGAAGUCAAGGCUUUGUCCGGAAAGGCUAGGGAUGGUAAGCUGAAGCCGGAGGAGUACCAGGGCGGUACCUUCACCAUCUCCAACAUGGGAAUGAACCCCGCUGUUGAGAGAUUCACAGCUAUCAUCAACCCCCCACAGGCCGGUAUCUUGGCUGUAGGAACAGUCAGGAAGGUCGCUAUUCAGGGUGCGGAUGGUGGUAUUGAGUGGGAUGAUCAGAUUGUUGUCACUGGAUCUUUUGAUCACCGGGUUGUUGACGGAGCUGUCGGUGGUGAGUUCUUGAAGGCUUUGAAGAACUUUGUGGAGAACCCACUUGAGCUAUUGCUGUAA